AUGUCGUCGCCCGAAUCGUCUUCGGACGAGUCGUCCGCCACCAUAACGGAACAACAACCUCCUCGGCGUGAUGUAGAAGCACAGAAGCCAAACGAGAAACUACCAUACUGGAAACGCCAGUUCGAUCUUCCCGGAGUUACUCCAGCGGUGAUGGAAUGGAACUACAGGGGAAGCGGGACGACGGACGACCCUUUCAUAGUCGACUUUCUACCCGAGGAUCCUAAGAAUCCGAUGAAGUUUUCCACGGGGAAGAAAUGGGGUAUCACGGCCUUACAGGCCAUCGCCGUGCUCGCGGUUACGUUCGUCUCGACGGCUUACUCAGGGGGUAUUGGUGAGGUUAUUCGCGAGUUUAGGGUCGAUGAGGAAAUCGCUAUUCUGGGUAUCUCGCUUUUCGUCCUCGGAUUUGCUGUAGGGCCGCUAUUAUGGGCUCCGUUGUCUGAGAUGUACGGUAGACAAUUACUGUUCUUCGUUACGUAUGGAUGCUUAACCGCGUUCAAUGCCGGCGCGGCGGGUGCUCCGAAUAUUCAGUCCCUUAUUAUCCUCCGUUUCUUCGCUGGUACCAUCGGAAGUUCGCCCCUGACUAACUCUGGCGGAGUCAUCGCCGACAUGUUCACCGCCAGGGACAGAGGUUUGGCUACUGCUAUAUUUGCUACUGCUCCUUUCCUUGGUCCAUCUAUUGGUCCAAUCGCUGGUGGUUUCCUCGGUACAGCAGGAGGAUGGCGAUGGGUUGAAGGUCUGAUGGCAUGCUUCACCGGUCUCCUAUGGUUUAUCUGCACCUUCCUCGUUCCUGAGACAUACGCACCCAUCCUCCUCCGCAGACGAGCAGAGAAGUUAUCCGAGAUGACUGGAAAUGUUUACGUGUCCAAGCUUGAUGCCGGCAAGCCCAAGAAGACCGUUGGUCAGGAGUUCAAGAUUGCCUUGUCUCGUCCUUGGAUCCUGCUCUUCCGCGAACCGAUCGUUCUUCUUACUUCGCUUUAUAUGGCUAUCGUGUACGGAACCCUAUACAUGAUGUUCGCCGCCUUCCCAAUCGUCUACCAGCAGAAUCGUGGGUGGUCCGCAGGUGUCGGCGGUUUAGCUUUCCUGGGUAUCGCCGUCGGUAUGAUAGUUGCGGUCACGUACAGCAUCUGGGACAAUACACGAUACGCCAAGACCAUGGCAGCUCAUGGAGGGAACGCUCCGCCUGAAGCAAGGUUGCCGCCCGCUCUAGUCGGCUCCGUCCUAUUACCCGUCGGGUUAUUUUGGUUCGCAUGGACUUGCGGUCCCAACAUUCACUGGAUCGUAUCCAUCAUCGCAUCUGGUUUCUUUGCUACUGGAUUAGUCCUUGUCUUCCUCAGCUUGAUGAACUAUAUGAUUGACUCAUAUGUUAUCUACGCCGCCUCAGUCCUGGCCGCAAACUCCGUCAUCCGAUCCAUCUUCGGCGCCGCCUUUCCGCUAUUCACGACGGCCAUGUACAACAACCUAGGGAUCCACUGGGCGAGCUCCAUCCCCGCGUUCCUCGCCCUCGCGUGUCUACCCUUCCCGUUCCUCUUCUACAAGUACGGUAAGCGUAUCCGCAUGAAGUGCAAGUUCGCCGCCGAGGCUGCUCAGGUUCUUGAGAAGAUGCGCACGAGAAACGACCACAGCGGCCCGCCGGGUUCGCCGGUGAAGCCCGAGAAGUUGGAGAAGUCGGCUGAGGAGUCGAAUUGA